AUGGGCGCGGGCGGGACGGAGGAGGAUGGGCUCGCGGGGUACAUCAUGCAGCGCCACGGGCGCAGCAGGCAGCCGGAGUCGGUGCAGCUGGUGGCCAUGACGCGCGCGGUGGUGCAGGUGACGCGCGCGCGCGGGCUGGAGCCGAGCCCGACCGCGAUGUUCUCCGCGGUCGUCGGGCUCCUGGAGAAGCCGGAGAGCCGCGCGAACGGCGAGACACUGGCCGCGAUCGUGCACCUGCUCUCCCUGACGCUCGAACGCGUCCCCAACGGAGUGGUGCGCGAGCGGGCCGCGGACGUAGCCCACUCGCUGGUGGCCGUGGGCAAAGCUGCCGCCGAGUGCCCGCCGGUGCUGCGGCACGUCGUGGCGAGCUCGGCGCAGGUGGCGGCGGCCGCCGUCGCGCACGAAGACACGUGGCAGACCUGUGCUGGCAGUCUGUUUCCCCAGCUGCUUCACCAGUGCCUGGACGCGCGGCCGAAGAUCCGCAAGCGCGCCCAGGCCGGCCUCGUCGAGGUCCUCGCGGGCGCGCGCGGGCGCCCGACCCACAAGUCCGUCAGCGCCACUGUGGUGGAGCGCGCGCACCACGUGCUCGAGGAGCCCGAGAAGGCCGCCGUCCGAGCGGCGGAGGCGCCCUCGAAGCGGCGGGCCGAGGUCGAGGAGGCGCUGACGCAGACCGUCGCGGACGCGCUGCACUUCCUCGGCGCGCUCGAGCAGGCCGCGCCGCUCCUGGACGCCGCGUCGCUCGAGCCGCUCUGCACCGCCACGAUCAAGCUGUACGCGCUGCGCCAGCCCCUGCUCAACCAGCACGCAACGCAGGUCCUCCACGCGGUCGCAGCGGCGCCGACCUGCCCGCUCAAGCCGCGCACGCUCGCGUCGCUCCUCGACGCCGUGCUGCGCGUGCGCUGGGACGCGACUGACGCCGCCGCCGCCGCGCAGGCCGCCCGCUUCCUCGAACGCGGGUUCGCGCGGCUCGCGGAGGCCGACGCAGCGAGCGCCGCGGAGGGCAUUCCGCACCUGUUCCACGCGCUGUGCCCGCGCCUCAACGCGGAGGACGACUCGGUGCGGUACGCCGUCGCCGAGUGCCUCAUCGGGGUGGUGCGGGCGUGCGUGACGGACGAGAUGGUCGGGAGCGCCGCGCCGGGCGGGAAGCCCUCUGCGCUGCAGAGCGCCGUCGCGGCCACCGCGUCGUGCUUCGGGCCGUCGGAGCUCAACGCGUACGGGCAGGCGGCCCGCGUGGCGGCGGCGCUCAUCGAGCGCUGCGUGGGCGCGCCGGACGGCGGCGCCGCGCUGACGAGCGUCCUCGUGCGGCGCUGCGCGGGCGUGAUCGCGCGCGCGUUCGACCCGGAGGACAUGGAGGACCCGCUGACGCAGGCGUCGGUGGAGAGCGCGCGCGCGUGCGAGGAGGCGGUGUUGGCCGCGGUGCGGCGGCACGGCCCCGCGCGCGUGCUCAAGCUCCUCCCGCUCGACCUCGAGGCCGGCCUGGACGGCCGCGGCGAGGCGCGCACGUGGCUCAUUCCGAUCCUGAAGUCGGCCGUGCAGCACUCGCAGCUGAGCGUGUGGGGCGCGGAGCUGCUGCCGGUGGCGCGCGCGAUGGGCAUGCGCGCGUCGCAGUACGCGCGCCCGGGGCCGCACCACAGCGUCGCGCGCACGCAGCAGUGCCGCGCGCUCGAGAUGCAGCUGUGGCAGUGCCUGCCCAGCUUUGCGUCGUGGGCGGUGGACGUCGGGCCGGCGCUCGCGGCGACGGGGCGCGACAUCGCGGCCGCGUUCACGAACCGCCCGGACCUGCGCGCUCCCAUCUGCGGCUUCGUCGAGCGCGUGUCGCUGCAGCUCCAGGAGGCUCUGAGGCACUUUGGACGCGCCGCCGAGGCGCCGGGACGGAACCCGUGCGCGCGCGAGGCGGCCGCGGGCGGCGCCGGCGCGGACGACGACGACCUCGCGAUGCCGGGCGGCCCCGCCGCGACGAUGGCCGGCCACGAGGCGCACCUGACGGUCCCGGCUGGGUACACGCUGGCGGACGCGCAGGGGGCCCUGGAGGCGGUGCGCGGCGUGUCGCGGUCGCUGAUGCCGGUGCUCUUCAACGCGUUCGUCUCGACGGCGCCGGACGCGCGGUCCCCGGUCGCGCGCGCGAUCGCGGCGCUCGCGGUCGUCGUGGGCCCCCCCACGGUCCCGCAGCUGUUCAAGGCCGUGUUCAAAAAGAUCGCGAAAAUCGUGCAGGACGCGCAGGCCGAGGUGCCACCGAUGGACCCCGUCGUCGACGGCGGCGACACGCCCCUCCAGCGCCGGUGCACGUUCAUGGAGCUCGCGCUGUGCCUCGGCGGCGGCCUGGACGCCAAGUCGCGAGCGGCGCUGUACGAGCUGGCGGUCGGGACCGUCGAGGAGGGCGAGGCCGCGCUGCAGAAGAAGGCGUACAAGAUCCUAGGGUACCUGUGCGACGACGAGGGCUUUUUGCGGCCCCAGGCGGAGGGCGGCCACAUGGAGGAGGUCCUGAAGUUGCUGGCGGGGACGUUGGAGAGCUGCAACAGCGCGGCGAAGAGGUACCGGCUGCUGUGCGUGCGCGGCGUGCUGCGGGCUUCGGCGGAGCAGGCGCGCGCGCGCGGCGGGCAGGGCGGCGUGGACGUCGCGGUGCUGCGGCCCAUGGUGGCGGAGGUGGUGCUGUGCAUCAAGGAGGCCAACAGGAAGGCGCGGGAGGCGGCGUACGAGAUGCUGAUCGAGGUGGCGCGCGACCUCGACGAGCGGCUGCCGCCGGGGAGCGGGCCGGCGGGCGAGGCGGCGCACGCUUCGGGGCUCCCGGGGGGCGGUCUGUCGGAGCUGCUCGGGGUGGUGCUGGCGGGGCUCGCGGGGCAGUCGCCGCACAUGAUCUCCGCGUCGGUGAUGGCGCUCGCGCGCCUGCUGUACGAGUUCGCGCCCAGGAUGCACCCGAUGCUGGCGCGCCUGGUCCCCGCGGUGCUCGCGCUGCUCCGCACCAAGUCGCGCGAGGUCGUCAAGUCCGUCCUCGGGUUCUGCAAAGUGCUGGCCAUGCGGCUGCCCGUGGACGACCUGCGCGCGCACACGCCGGCCAUCCUCGACGGCAUCCUCCUGUGGCAGGACGACACCAAGAACCGCUUCCGCCUCAAGGUGCGCACCAUCGUGGAGCGCCUCGCGCGGCGGUGCGGGUUCGACGAGGUGGCGCAGGCGAUGCCCGAGUCCGACAGGAAGCUGCUGACGCACAUCCGCAAGGAGCGGGACCGCAAGGAGCGCGCGCGGAAGGGUGGGAGCGCGGCGUCGGGGCUCGGGGACGAGGAGAUGGAGACCGAGUCGCGUUUGUCCAAGGGCACGCGGGCGCGCACCGCCCGCGCGUCGGAGUGGGCGCACUCCAAGGUGUUUUCGGACGGCGCUGGCGGGACCACGGUGGCGCCCGGCAUGGCCGCGCAGGGCCCCGGGGGCGCCGGCGGCCGCAAGCGUCGCGCCGACGGCGAGCCCAUCGACCUCCUCGACCCGGCGUCGCACCGCCGGCUGCGCACGGCCGCCGCGCCUGGCGCACGUCAGGCUGCGGAGCGCGACGCAGCGCCGGCGAUCCAGCGCGCCCCGGACGGCCGCAUUAUCAUCGAGGACGAGGACGCGCCGCGCGCGGCGGCCGGGAGCGACUCGGACGAUUCGGACGAGGAAGGGUUUGGGAAGGCGAUGCGCGCGAGGGGGCGUGCGGACCGCCUGGGGCGCGGGAAGAGCGCGCUGGGCUCGAAGGCGUCGAUCGGAGGCGCAUCGCUGGCGCGCACGAUGGGUGGGGCGUCCGCCGGGGGCGUGUCGCUGUCAGGGCGGGGGGGUGUGGCCCUCAAGGGCGCAGGGGAGUCCGGGGCGCGGAAACGCUUCGAGCACUUCAGCGGCGAGCAGUUCAAGGCGCGGAAGGCGAGCGGCGACGUGAAGAAGAAGGGCGGUGUCGAGCCGUACGCGUACUGGCCGCUGGACCGCAAGGCACUGAAUGCGCGCACAGGGAAGAAACGGCAGGCGCGCGAGGGCCUGGACAAGGUGGUUCAGGCGGUGAAAGGCGGCGUGAAGAAGGGCCUCAAGGCCAAGGCGGCGGCGAAGCGCGCCUCGGGGGGCAAGCGGCGCUGA